GCGAUUGAAAUGCUUGGUGGAGAAUUGGGUUCAAAGAAGCCAGUUCACCCUAAUGACCAUGUGAACAUGAGCCAGUCAAGUAAUGACACCUUCCCUACUGCAAUGCACAUCGCUGUAGCUAGAGAGAUUAAUGCUCGCCUUCUACCUGCUUUGAAACAACUCCAUGAUUCGCUUCAGAAGAAAUCGAACGAGUUUAAGGAUAUUAUCAAGAUUGGCCGUACUCACACUCAGGAUGCUGUGCCAUUGACUCUUGGUCAGGAGUUCUCUGGUUAUGCGCAACAGAUUGAGAAUGGCAUCGAGCGUGUAAAGGGGACCCUGCCUCGCCUUCACCAAUUGGCUCUCGGAGGAACAGCUGUGGGGACUGGUUUGAACACCCGUAAGGGCUUUGCUGAAAAGGCUGCAAAGACUAUUGCUGACCUUACUGGGUUGCCUUUCACUACUGCUCCCAACAAAUUCGAAGCUCUUGCUGCUCACGAUGCUCUAGUUGAAGUACACGGCGCUUUAAACACUUUGGCUGCAUCUUUCAUGAAGGUCGCCAAUGAUAUUCGUUUCCUCGGCUCUGGUCCAAGGUGCGGUCUGGGUGAGCUUUCCCUUCCUGAGAACGAGCCCGGAAGCUCGAUUAUGCCUGGAAAGGUCAAUCCUACCCAAUGCGAGGCUAUGACUAUGGUUGCCGCUCAGGUUAUGGGAAAUCAGGUUGCCGUUACUGUGGGAGGCUCCAACGGUCACUUUGAGCUUAACGUCUUCAAACCACUUAUCAUAAAGAAUGUUCUGCAAUCUACCAGGCUUCUGGCUGAUGUUGCUGUUUCGUUCUCGCUCAAUUGUGUAGAUGGCAUCAAGGCUAAUAAGGAGAAUAUUGCUAAGAUUAUGCGCGAGUCACUCAUGCUUGUCACUGCUCUCAACCCUCAUAUCGGCUAUGACAAUGCUGCAAAGAUUGCAAAGGUUUGUUAUGGCGGUCUUGACGAAUCGAUGUUAAAUUAG